AAAAAGGAGAUCUUCACAUGUCUUUGUUUGUAUUGAAUGAGGAAGACAUUCACUGAUUACAGUUGGUCCUAACACCAAACCAGUCACGGGCCUCAUUAUAUGUAUACAAAACCAAAGUUCUGUGAUAUAUAACAACGCUCAUAUACCACAUUUCCCAUAAAGAUAAGACCAAUUAAUAUUAGGCUCUAGGCAGAGCAUAGAUGCUUCUUUUCUGCAGAAGUUUCUCUUCCCUGCUUCAAUGAAUCCAGUUUAUCUGUUCUUUGUUGUUUUAUCUUCGGUUACUCACCCAAUUCUUCUGGCGGCUCAACCCCCGAAAACCGACUCCCAUCUCACCAUAGUGGGUGCUGUGUACUGUGAUACAUGCUUUGAAAACACAUUCUCAAGACAGAGCUACUUCUUGCCUGGUGUGGAUGUUCACGUACAAUGCAAGUUCAAAGCAAAUUCACCAAAAACCACAGAGCAAAUCACAUUCUCAGUCAACAGAACCACAAACAGGUAUGGAGUGUACAAAUUGGAUAUACCAUCAGUUGAAGGGGUUGACUGUGUGGAAGGCCCAGCAAUUCAGUCAUUCUGUGAAUCAAGCUUGAUUCAGGGCAACCCCUCUUCAUCAACCUGCAAUGUUCCAAGUAUGAAGGCCACAAGUAACCAAAUCACAGUCAAAUCAAGACAGGCAAAUCUCUGUAUCUACAGCUUAAGUGCCUUGAGUUACAGGCCACCUGAGAAGAACACCUCCUUCUGUGAGAAAACACUGUCGACAGAGGAAUUGAAAAUCCCAAGUGAUUUCAAUUCUUCCAAGACUUUUUUCCCUUUUUUCCCACCCUAUGUUUUCCCUUGGCCUCCUUUACCCCAACUACCACCUUUACCCCAAUUGCCACCUUUACCCCAAUUACCACCUCUUCCAUAUUUGCCUUUUCCAUUCCCAUUCCCAUUCACUUUCCCUCCUCUACCCCAACUGCCACCUUUACCACCCCUCCCACCUUUGCCACAUUUUCCAUUUCUGCCCUUUCAUCCACCUCCUCCAAGGCCCCCAUCACUGCCCUUCCCAUUCCCUCCCUCCCCUCCUUUACCCCAACUACCACCUUUACCUCAGCUACCACCCCUCCCACCUUUGCCUCCUUUUCCAUUUUUGCCCUUCCCUCCUCCUCCUCCAACAAUUCCAAGGCCCCCAUCACUGCCCUUUCCAUUCCCUCCUCUCCCUCCCUUUCCCCCUAGUAUCCCCUUACCCCCAUCUCCUCCAUUUAAUUGGGGAGACCCAAGAACUUGGCCAAGACCUAAUUUCCCUUUCCUCGCCCCUCCCCAACCACCUCAUGCAUUUAAUUCAAUAGACCCCAGAACUUGGAUACCUUUUGCUCCCCCAACCCCUCCUAAUAGCCCUUAGCCAUGAGAAAUUGGUUUUGCUUCCUUCAUGUUGAUGCAAUUAGUGUGAUAUACACCAUUCAAAGUUAGAUAGACUAUGUAUGUAGUAAAUGAACUUGAAAAUAGCUAGUAGAUUGUGUUUCUUGGGAACUGAAGUAUUACAGAAGUCUGUGAGAUUGUAUACAAGAAUAAUAUGCUUACAAUGAUUCGAUUU